AUGGACAAGAUCCUUGAGGCGGUGGUGACGUCGUCGUACCCGGCUAGCGUGAAACAAGGACUGGUGCGGCGCGUGUUGGAAGCGGCACGGCAACCCCUGGAGCGGGAGCAGUGUCUGGCCCUGCUGGCGCUGGGCGCACGCCUGUACGUGGGUGGCGCCGACGAGCUGCCGCGCCGCGUGGGCUGCCAGCUGCUGCACGUAGCCGGCCGCCACCACCCAGACGUCUUCGCCGAGUUCUUCAGCGCGCGCCGUGUGCUGCGCCUGCUGCAGGGUGGCGCCGGCCCACCUGGCCCCCGCGCGCUCGCCUGCGUGCAGCUCGGCCUGCAGCUCUUGCCCGACGGGCCUGCGGCCGAAGAGGUGUUCGCGCUGCUGAGGCGCGAGGUGUUGCGCACCGUGUGCGAGCGCCCGGGGCCCGCGGCCUGCGCACAGGUGGCCCGGCUGUUGGUGCGGCAUCCGCGCUGUGUGCCCGACGGCCCGCACCGCCUGCUCUUCUGCCAGCAGCUGGUGCGCUGCCUCGGUCGCUUUCGCUGCCCGGCCGAGGGCGAGGAGGGUGCCGUGGAGUUCCUGGAGCAGGCUCAGCAGGUGAGCGGACUCCUGGCCCAGCUGUGGCGCGCGCAGCCGGCCGCCAUCCUGCCCUGUCUCAAGGAGCUGUUCGCCGUCAUCUCCUGCACAGAGGAGGAGCCACCGUCCAGUGCCCUGGCCAGCGUGGUCCAGCACCUCCCACUGGAGCUCAUGGAUGGUGUCAUCCGGAACCUCAGCAAUGACGACAGUGUGACAGACUCUCAGAUGCUGACUGCCAUCAGCAGGAUGAUCGACUGGGUGUCCUGGCCCCUGGGGAAGAACAUUGACAAGUGGAUCAUUGCACUGCUGAAGGGCUUGGCCGCUGUUAAGAAGUUCAGCAUCUUGAUUGAGGUUUCACUCGCCAAAAUCGAGAAGGUUUUCUCCAAACUCCUGUACCCCAUCGUCCGGGGAGCUGCCUUGUCUGUCCUCAAGUACAUGCUGCUGACCUUCCAGCAUUCCCAUGAGGCCUUCCACCUGCUCCUCCCUCACAUCCCCCCCAUGGUGGCCUCUCUGCUCAAGGAGGACUCCAACUCGGGGACCAGCUGCCUGGAGCAGCUGGCAGAGCUGGUCCACUGCAUGGUGUUCCGGUUCCCGGGAUUCCCAGACCUGUAUGAGCCCGUCAUGGAGGCCGUCAAGGACCUUCAUGUUCCCAAUGAGGACCGCAUCAAGCAGCUGCUGGGGCAGGAUGCCUGGACCUCGCAGAAGAGCGAGCUGGCUGGCUUCUUCCCCCGGCUGAUGGCCAAGUCAGACACGGGCAAGAUUGGUUUAAUCAAUCUGGGCAACACGUGCUAUGUGAACAGUAUCCUUCAGGCCUUGUUCAUGGCUUCUGACUUCAGACACUGUGUGCUCCGUUUGACUGAGAACAACUCACAGCCCCUGAUGACCAAGCUGCAGUGGCUCUUCGCCUUCCUGGAGCACAGCCAGCGGCCUGCCAUUUCUCCAGAGAACUUCCUUUCCGCCUCCUGGACACCCUGGUUCAGCCCUGGCACCCAGCAGGACUGCUCUGAGUACCUCAAGUACCUGCUGGAUCGGCUUCAUGAGGAGGAGAAAACGGGGACCAGGAUCUGCCAGAAGCUCAAGCAGUCCAGCUCGCCGUCCCCGCCUGAGGAGCCCCCGGGCCCAAGUUCCACCUCUGUGGAGAAGAUGUUCGGAGGCAAGAUCGUGACUCGGAUACGCUGUCUCAGCUGCCUCAACGUCUCCUCCAGGGAGGAGGCCUUCACGGACCUCUCUCUCGCCUUUCCCCCACCCGAGCGCUGUCGCCGCCGCCGCCUGGGCUCAGUGAUGCUCCCUGCCGAGGGUGUGGGAGCCCCGGAGCCCCCCUCACCAUCCCCGGCCCCCGUCCAAAGCAGGGCGGGUCCUCGGAGGCAGAGGAAACACUGCAUCACAGGGGAUGUCCCCCCAGCCGUCCUAGACAUUGAAGGUCCGGGCCCCCAGGGACCUGGGGGGCAGAGCGGUCAGGAGGAGGAGGAGGUGGGGAAGGAGGAGGAAUCAAAGGAGGAGAGAGGAAAGGAGGAGGAGGAGGAAGGGGCCAGAGAGAAAGAGGAAGAAGGGACCAGAGAGAAGGAAGAAGAAGGGACCAGAGAGGAGGAGGAAGAAGGGACCAGAGAGAAGAAGGAAGGGGAGAAGGAGAAAGAAGUAGAGGAGGAGAAGGUGGAGAAGGAGGAAGGCAAGGAUAAGGACAAGGAGAAGGACAGCCUGGGCCCAGGUACCCACAGGGCCACCCCCUCUGGGGAGGGCUCCCGCUCUGUCCUGGACCUGGUCAACUACUUCCUGUCCCCUGAGAGGCUGACGGCAGAGAACCGCUACUAUUGCGAGUCGUGCGCCUCGCUGCAGGAGGCCGAGAAAGUGGUGGAGCUGAGCCAGGGCCCACGCUACCUCAUCCUGACCCUGCUGCGCUUCUCCUUCGACCUGCGCACCAUGCGGCGCCGCAAGAUCCUGGACGACGUUGCCAUUCCCCUGCUGCUCCGCCUGCCGCUGGCCGGGGGCCAGGCCCAGGCCUACGACCUCUGCAGUGUCGUGGUGCACUCCGGAGUGUCCUCGGAGAGUGGUCACUACUACUGCUAUGCCCGCGAGGGCACUGCCCGCCCGGCCCCUUCGCCGGGAACGGCCGACAGGCCCGAGCCUGAGCACCAGUGGUACCUGUUCAAUGACACCAGGGUGUCCUUCUCCUCCUUCGAGUCUGUCAGCAACGUCACUUCCUUUUUCCCCAAGGACACAGCCUAUGUGCUCUUUUACCGGCAGCGGCCUGGGGAGGGACCUGAGGCUGUGCUGGCUUCCCCGAGAAUCCGGACAGAGCCCACCCUCCACAAAGACUUGAUGGAAGCCAUUUCCAAAGACAACAUCCUUUUCCUGCAGGAGCAGGAGAAGGAGGCACGGAGCAGGGCGGCCUACAUCUCUGCACUCCCUGCGUCCCCGCACUGGGGGAGAGGCUUUGAUGAGGACAAGGAUGAGGACGAAGGCUCUCCCGGGGGCUGCAACGCUGCUGGUGGCAAUGGCGGAGACUUCCACAGACUGGUCUUCUAA